AUGCAAGCACUGCCAGGAACGACGCAGCGCCGUAUCCUGCCACUUCGUUGGAACUCUUGGAAGCUCGCGAUUUCCCUAAAUCGAGACCAGCGCCUAGUGUAUGAUACGGCGAUGAACCACUUUCUGAAUCAGGAACCUUCUCAGUUGUUGCUCCAUGUAGAUGGUGCGGGUGGUACUGGCAAGUCAUACCUCAUUAAUCUGCUCUCCGCGCACCUCCAAGCCGCGGCAGGUAGGAGAGGGACACCUGUUUGGCGUGCCGCGCCCACUGGCGUCGCGGGAAACCAAAUACCGGGCACUACCUUGCACUCUCUGUUGCACCUCCCAAUUAAUAAGGCCUUCAUGCCCCUCUCGGCCAUUGAUAAUGCCCAGCUCCAGAAGAAGCUUAAGGAUAUCAAGUACCUGAUCAUCAAUGAGAGGAGCAUGCUGGGGCUGCGUCAGCUAUCAUGGAUCGAUGACCGUCUCCGCGACGUAUUCCAGAAUAGGAAUGAGGACUUCUUUGGUGGUCUAAAUAUCCUUCUGAUUGGCGAUUUCUUUCAACUUCACCCUGUGCUACUGAAGCCGCUCUAUUACGAUAAAGACAUACAGGGCGUAGAGAUCAAGGGCAGGAACGUAUAUAGGCGAUUCGAUAAAACUGUAUUCUUGAAGGUUGUCCAGCGGUAG